AUGACUUCUGAUAUUCCUCAACUCAAGAGGAAGUUGGAGGAUUCUACUCUCCCAGAACACGCAAAGAAUGCAAGGGUAUCGGAGAAAACUCUGGAGAUCUUGUCCCCGGCUCCUUCAACCAGGAACUCCUCAAGAAGCCCUUCAAGAUCCAGCUCCCCUUCUAGAGUCAAGAAAUAUUUCUGUCAUUACGAGAACUGUGGCAAAGGAUACUCCAAACCAUCGCUUUUAGAGCAGCAUCUUCGAUCGCAUACCAAUGAAAGACCGUUUGCGUGCACAAUCUGUGAGGAAACGUUUAUUCGGAAAGACCAUCUACAACGACAUAUGCUCAAACAUACCACUCCCGAUGACAAACCGUUUCAUUGUUCAAUUUGCAGCAAGGGGGUCAACAGUCUCCAGCACUUGAAAAGACACGAAAAGACGCAUUAUAAAUCUUUCAAGUGCCAUUUCGAAAGCUGUGAAGAAGCGUUCUACAAACACCAGUCGCUAAAGGCCCACAUCAAUUCAGUUCACGAUGCCGCUAGACUCACCUGCACAGAGUGUGGGAAGGCGUUUAGCAGACCUGGUCGACUGUCGGACCAUAUGGAGAAACAGCACAGCGAUACGGCCAAACUGAUCUGUGAGUAUCCGGGCUGUUUCAAGGCUUUCAAAGUUUGGUCAGCGUUGCAAUUACACAUCAAAUCCGAGCAUUCUAAGAUUUCGUGUGAAAUAUGUGGCAAGAAGUGUGCUGGUCCAACGGGACUUGCAAAUCACAUGAAAAUUCACGAGGACAAUGACGAGCUAAAGAUUUGGAAAUGUUCAAUUUGCGGAGAGAGACAUCAGAAAAAGGAAGAGUUGACUGUACAUUAUUCAGAAAAGCAUCAGGAAACUGAAGUUCAAGAGGAACUGCAGUACGCGCGAUCUAAUACUGCUCCUGAGAGUUCUGUUCCACGUGCCAAGCCAGGAUCGCAAACGUUCCAGAAACAACUAAACAAAGGUCGGAUUGGUUCUGUGUUUGACCUAGUCGUUUCCAACGUGAACGAAAGGACAAUUCUGUGCGAGCUCUGCGGACGCGGAUUCAAGAAGGAUUACGAUUUGAAAAGACACCUAGACUGGCACAACAGUCAAAAAAAUUAA